GUUUGGCCUUGAAUUCUCUGGUUGAGCGCCAUCUAUUAAACGAAACUUGCCAAUGAUACGGGCGCGCACGUGGGAUAAGUUCUUGUUUACAUUUUGAUUUGCUACUUGGUACAUGCACUGCACUGGUGGAUACUGCUUAAAUUGAUCUCUUCAAAAUCUAUUAAAACACCCGAAACAACGAGUGGCAACCAUUUCGACACAUACAACUCAGGGAAAAGCAAACUGAUUUCUGAAUCAAACUCAACCUUGAGACCAUAACUACGAAUAAACAUGGGUGAUCGUCAACUGAAGAUCUAUUUCUGUGGUAGUAUCCGUGGAGGCAGACAGGAUGCAGAGCUCUACGCUAGGAUCAUCAAGCAGCUGGAAGCGUAUGGGAAAGUCCUCACAGAACAUGUUGGCCACAAAGAUUGCACAACAUUUCCAACAGGAGCAAAAACUGAUGUGGAGAUCUAUGACCAAGAUAUGGCAUGGUUGGAAGAUUCUGAUGCUGUUGUAGCCGAGGUAACCCAAGUAUCAAUGGGUGUUGGCUUUGAGCUAGGAAGAGCUGUUGCAUGGAACAAGAGGGUGCUUUGCUUAUUCAGACCAGGAGAAGACAGACGUUUGUCAGCAAUGGUGCGUGGUGCUGAUGAUGGAAAGAACUUUUUAGUGAAAGAUUACAAGGAAGAAGAUGUACCAGGAUUACUCAAAGAAUUCUUUGGUUAUUGAUUGAUAGCUGGACUGAAGUGAGUUGAAUGUCACAACAGGAAUAGGAAUGCAUGGGACUAAAUUAAUUUACUGGUAUAUUAGAAGUCAGGUGAAAAUCAGCCAAUUUUCAAUCCAGGUUUUACAUAAUCAUGAGAUUGAUUUGGAGUCCAUAUUUGGUUGGGUUAUUCACAUUAGAGGCAAGGAAUUUUACAAAAUUGUCAGUAAUUGGGAAUGUUGCAAAAGUUUGAUGUUUGCAGUCAAUUUAAAUUGUAGCUUCAGUUGUUAUUAUUUCAAAUCAAUACUUUCUGUUGCAUGAAGUACUUCAAUACAAAUACCUAUUUAGAUUCAAUAUUUUGUGAUCAAUACGGGACCUGAAAUCAACUUGCAGUUGAAUUCAAGUUUCUUGCAAUAUUACCCCCUUAGAUAUGAUUUGUGUUAUGAAUAUCAUAGAUUACAUUCUGAUCUUGUGACUUUAGCAUCAUGGGACACGGGAUGAAGAUCUCCCUACAGUCUUUGUAUGACAUGUAUUUCAUUUAUAUUGUUGAUCUGAACUUGCUCAAAACUAAACACAGUCACAUUUUCUACCAUGAGUUUUCUAGCAAGAAAAGUUUGUGAUAUAAGCAUACUCAGGGAUUCUUCAAUUUUAUCAUGUGAAAAGAUUUGGGCCCCAGGUCAUCCCAAUGAGGCAAGGGUAUAAUUAUUCACUUGCAAUGUUAUGUGCCUAAAAGUUACCGUAUGAGGAAUCUGUGGAAGGGGGUCCCGGGGGAAACAAUGGAUGUUUUCCGUAAUUUUGGCAGGGAAUGUCAAUUUUGGAGGUCCAUAUUCACUAUGUCUGCAAACAGUUGGUCUACUUCUCAAUUAGUCCAAUACCACAUGGGCUAAAGCUAUUCAAUCUAAUUGCCACUUGGUUUGCACUACACUUGGUGUAAUCCUCAUUUUCUCUAAUACUUGACCAGUUGGUCUCAUUUCAAUUUUGUCUUCCAUUUUGUUUUUACUUAUGAAUGAAAAUUUUGUUCACAAGCAGUUAAUCUAACCAUAUAAACUCAGUGGUGAUAGACCGAGUUGAUAUUCAAUGAAAUGGAUGUAGCCUUAUGGUAAAUUUGACAAAAUGGUAUUUGGGCUAAUUUGGAAAUUAUUAGAUGAAGUGGUUGUAGAAGAUCUAGUAUUUCACCUUUUGGGGUGAACCCAGACAUGUACAAAAGACAAAGCAGGUGUACAAGGUAUAAACAUUCCAAUUUCAUUUGUAUAUAUUGCAUUUGGGAAAAAAUCAUUGACUUGAAAAUACAUUGUUGGUGAUGUGCCAUAUUCAGGCCUGGGGCCCAUUUCAUAAAAGGUACUAUUACGGUGUUAACUUUGUCUUCCAGUGGUAACUGCCAUAGAAUUCUCAUUUUGAUUGGCCUUGAUCCUUGUAACCAUGGUGGUUACCACUUUAUGGCAAAGUUAUCAUAAUAGUAACCUUUAUGGAACGGACCAUGGUCGUAUUGUAUGUGAUAUGUUUCAACAGUUUGAAAAACCAAAUCUGUUCAAUUAUAUGGGUUGGUGUUUUUCAACAAAAAGACUAGAAAGUGCCCCCCCCCCAUAAAUCCUGGAUAUGCUACUGGCUGUGGGUCCCUUUUUGCGAAUAUUUAGAAAAAAUGCAGCUGCUUGGAUUCAUAUGUUAGUAGUUUGGAGUGUUUACUCCUGCUUUGGAAAACCCGGGUCCAGUUAACAUUUUGAUAGAGCGGACUACCAAUUAACAAAUCAUUCUACAUUGUAGUGGAAGUGUGUGAUAUUUUUUAAUGAAAAUAAAUAUUUGCAACAAAAUAAUGAUUCGCUUUGUUUUGGA